AUGGCGGACUUUCCCAAAUCUCUCUCUCCCCGCCGUCUCCUCAAACUCCUCGACUCCCAAAAAAACCACACCUCUGCCCUCCAUCUUUUCCACGCCGCCACACGUCUCCCAAACUACACCCACUCCGCCGACGUCUUCCUCCACAUCCUCCGCCGCAUAUCCCCCGACCCCACCCUCCUCCAUUCCCACGCCCCCCACAUCGUUCACACCAUCCAGAAAACACAAAACUUCAACUGCCCUGAAGACAUCCCUCUCACUCUGUUAAAAGCCUAUGCCAAAACCUCAAUGCCAGAACAAGCGCUGAAACUCUUUCAGAAUAUGGGUCGGGUUUUCGGGUGUAAACCCGGUGUUCGUUCGUUCAAUACACUGCUGAAUGCUUUUGCUGAGUCUCAUCAAUGGGACCGGGCGGAGAAGUUCUUCGCGUAUUUUGAAACUGCUGGUGUUUUGCCUAAUGUGCAGACUUAUAAUGUGUUGAUGAAGGUUUUGUGUAAGAAGCGGGAGUUUCAGAAGGCGAGGAAGUUGGUUACGUGGAUGUGGAGUGUGGGUUUGAAACCGGAUAGGUUUACUUACGGAACUUUGAUUGGUUUGUUUGUGAAAAAUCGUGAUUUGAAUACUGCAUUGGAGGUGUUUGAUGAAAUGUCUGAACGAGGUGUUGAGCUGGAUGUUACUUGUUAUAAUAUUAUUAUUGAUGGGUUUUUUAAAAUCGGUGAUUUUUUGAAGGGGAAGGAGAUGUGGGAGAGGUUGUUGAAGGUGGAAACGGUUUUUCCGAAUGUUGUUAGUUAUAAUAUUAUGAUUAGUGGGUUGUGUAGGUGUGGGAGGUUUAAGGAGAGUUUGGAGAUAUGGGAGAGGAUGAAGAUGAAUGAUUGGAAGCAUGAUGUUUUUACGUAUAGUGCUUUGAUUCAUGGGUUGAGUGAGGCUGGGGAUUUGGAUGGAGCGAAAAGGGUUUAUAAGGAGAUGGUUUUGAGAGGGGUUAAAAAUGAUGUUGUUACUUGUAAUGCAAUGCUUAAUGGUUUGUGUAAAGGUGGGAGGGUUGAUGAGAGUUUUGAGCUGUGGGAGGAGAUGGGGAAGUGUGGUUCGCGUAAUGUGGCAAGCUAUAAUGUGUUUCUUAAAGGGUUGUUUGAUAAUGGGAAGGUGGAUGAGGCUAUGAAUCUGUGGGAGGUUUUGUGUGAGGUGGAUUGUUGUGUAGAGUCAGCUACUUAUGGAAUAUUGGUUCAUGGUUUGUGUAAGAAUGGGUAUGUGAAUAAGGCUUUGCGGGUUUUGGAAGAGGCUGAAAAUAGAGGCGGUGAUGUGGAUGCCUUUGCGUACUCGUCAAUGAUAAGUGGUUUGUGCAAAGAAGGAAGAUUAGAUGAAGCGGCUGGAGUUUUGAAUUUGACAGAUAAGCGUGGAUGUAGAUUGAAUCCUCAUGUCUACAAUGCACUCAUGGAUGGGUUUAUGAAACAUUACAAAGUUGACAGUGCUAUUCAAGUCUUUAGGGAAAUGAGCACCAAAGGUUGCUCACCUAAUGUUGUGUCUUAUAAUAUUCUUAUAAAUGGAUUUUGUAGAGCAGAAAGAUUUCCCGAGGCAUACCAUUGCGUUGAGGAAAUGUUGGAGAAAGGGUGGAAACCAGAUGUUAUCACAUACAGCAUGUUGAUAGAUGGUCUUUGUCAGGGAAAUAUGAACGAGAAUGACACGGCACUUAGGCUGUGUUAUCAGUUUCUUGCAAAGGGCUUUAAGCCUGAUAUUACAAUGCAUAACAUUGUCAUCCAUAGACUUUGUUCUUCUGGUAAAGUAAAGUAUGCUUUGCAGCUAUAUUGGAUGAUGAGAAAGAGAAACUGUGUUAAUCUUGUUACCCAUAAUACCAUUAUGGAGGGUUUUUACAAAGUUGGGGACUGUGAAAAGGCAUCAAAGAUUUGGGCUCAAAUCUCAGAAGAUAGGCUAAAACCCGACAUCAUCUCAUAUAACAUUACUCUUAAUGGACUCUGCACUUGUGGUAGAGUAACAGAUGCAGUUAGGUAUUUAAAUGAUGCUUUGGCUCACGGUAUUAUGCCAACUGUUAUUACAUGGAACAUACUAGUUAGAGCUGUGGUUUUUUUUGGUGAAUCAACUUGA